GCUCUGAGAUUUCCAGCUCAGCAAUGCCCCCAGGUCCCUGGGAGAGCUGCUUCUGGGUGGGGGGCCUCCUUUUGUGGCUCAGCGUUGGAAGUUCAGGUAAGCCAGGGCUCAGGCCUUGGGAGGAACUUAUUUCAGUCAAUGAUAGUAUUUCUCCAACUACUUAUGCAGUACUAACUUUUGGAAGAUCCCCUGAAAGCCUUUUGCUUCUUCUGAGGUGAAUUUAAAAGAGUAGGGGAAAAAACCCCUUUUAUCAUAAUCAGAAUGAUGGUAAACAGGUCACAAAACCUGAACUUUCCCUGGUUAUCCGACUCAUUUUUCUAAAGCCCACAUAAAAAAACCCUUUCACCUUGCAUAAGCCAGGACCAACUGUAAGAAAAUAAAAUCUGGUUAAUUCUAAGAUAUUCAUUUUUCACCCCAUAAAUAUCCACCAUUCCAAGAUAUAUUUAAUUUUAAAAUUUAGGUUUUCCAAACUAAUAACGAUUUUGUCACCAAGAUUGUUAGAUGUCCUUUCUAAUCCAGCAACCUAACUCAAGUGGUUCGUCAUCCCGGCUGGGUGAUGGGAACUAGUCCCCGCUAACCUCAGAUGCCCCUGGGAAAAUUAACCGGCUCUACUUUGAGUUCUCAGAAGUUCUCGUAAGACUCCUUACUCUGGUGGUGACCUCACCCUUAGAAAAAUCCCCUCCCUCUGCUCACAACAGCAGGCUGCUUUUCUGUCUUCUCCGCCGGACAUGUAAUUCUCAUUCCCUGGCUCUAGAAUAUGUCAUUGCUUCUGCCUGGAGUUGCUUACAUCACCUUUGGAUUGAUUUCUGUUCUUUGCAUCUUCCAAGGGGGCUUCUGUAUUCCUAUCUCCCUUGUACUCAUUCUUUUUCUGCUCAGCACCCCUCCCUGCUACAAAGUUCCUCUGGGUGACUGCAUGCUCUCCUUGCACUUGUGGGUGGUUUUUCGGAGGUGGUGUUGAGCUCUGUAUGUGCUUUCUCCUACCUCAAUUAGUUGUUCCUAAAAGGCGAGGAUUUGAGGCUUCUGUCUCUUUUAGCAUACUUAGUGCUGUGCUCUGUAUACAGCAGAUGUCCAGUGAAUGUUGCUGCAUUGAUGCUUAGAGGAGGCAAUGGGUUGAGCUGAUGGGGAAUAGGCUCUGUCUGGGUCAGGCUAACCCGGACUGGAAUCCUGGCUCUGUUUCUUUGUAGCUAUGUGACCUUGAGGAAGUUGCUUUCUUUACCUGUAGUUGGAGAUGAUCCUUACCAGAUAGGAAUGCUGUAAGGACUGAAUGAGAUCAUCUGUGCACACGGUCUGACUUUUGCAGUUGCUUAUUCCCUUGUGAUUUUAUUAUUAGCAAAUGGUUGUCUAGGCUGAUGGAAGUGGAGGGAACAGGGCUGUCAUGAGCCACCUUGGAGAGAAGGUGGGAGGUAUCACCUAGGAGAGCUGUGGGUCCCAUUCUGAGAAGUGGGCUUGGCAGGCCCACUUUGUCCCUGCUCAGGAGCCCCAGGCCUCCUUAGGGGCUGGAAGGCAUUUGCUAGUUGUCCUGAUUUGAAGGUUGAGGAGUGGGAGGACUAAUAGCAAAUUGGCAUCAAACUCUUUUUGGAAGCUCAUCUGUCAGUAAGCCUGGGGCCUCUGUCACACAGAUAAGAGAAGCUCAGAAAUUCUGAACCAGGUAGCAGGGUUAGGGUCAGGGCAGAAGCUGAUCAGGUUCCAGCCACAUAUGUGGGAAUCAUUCUAGAUGCUCUGGGCAGGAAGUGGACUUGUAAUGACAUGUUAGCAGGGCCUGGGUGUUUCCUUGCCCUGUUCUCUUGCCUUUGUUUGUCUCUGGUAUCUUUCUUUUCACACUUACCCGGUGAAGUAUUCUCUAUUUCCCAUCUGCUUCUCUUCCUUUCCCACCUUAACUGAGUGUUUCACUGUCAACAGCGACAAUAUUUAUUAAGUUAAUGUUCCUUAUUCUUACUUUUUUAGUAGUGCUAUCUCAGAAAUUAAGUGAGUUGAUGGAUAGGCAGAGAUAGAAGUGUGUGUGUGUGUGUGUGUGUGUGUGUGUGUGUUUGUGGCUGGGAGGGAUAGAAAUAUGCCAAAGGGAAAAGGAAAAAGGAUGUAAUUGUCUUCAGACAGCCUAGAUGAAGUAGAUGGAAAGAAAGAGGAUGCCGGAUGCAGAGAGCUCAAGGUAAAGGAAAGGAAGAGCUCAAAUGAUCAGGAGGGAGGGGGUUCAGGAGGUAUCCAGGUGCCUGCUGUCACACAAGAGCAGUAGCUGACCCACAUGGGCCUCUUGGAAGUUCAGCCUCCACUCACUUUCCUGGCUGUGUGCCCAGACAAUUUUUCAUGACAACCCCAGUCACACCCAGCUUUUCCUUGGACUGUGGAGCUUUAGAUUGUUGAGCUCCUUGAUCGACCUGGCCCUUGAGCUUCCAGGCGGGCUCAGGUGCCCUCUCCUCCAGGUGGGUGCAUGCACAAGUCUUCCUCCAUCUGGGGGGAUGCACCUCCUACCCCACAGCCAAAGUGCGCUGACUUCCAGAGCGCCAACCUUUUUGAAGGCACCGAUCUCAAAGUCCAGUUUCUCCUCUUUGUCCGUUCGAAUCCUAGCUGUGGGCAGCUAGUAGAAGGAAGCAGUGACCUUCAAAACUCUGGUUUCAAUGCCACUCUGGGAACCAAACUAAUUAUCCAUGGAUUCAGGGUUUUAGGAACAAAGCCUUCCUGGAUUGAUAAAUUCAUUAGAACCCUUCUGCAUGCAAUGAAUGCUAAUGUGAUUGCCGUGGACUGGAUUUAUGGGUCUACAGGGGUCUACUUCUCAGCUGUGAAAAAUGUGAUUAAGUUGAGCCUCGAGAUCUCCCUUUUCCUCAAUAAACUCCUGAUGCUGGGUGUGUCGGAAUCCUCAAUCCACAUCAUUGGUGUUAGCCUGGGGGCCCACGUUGGGGGCAUGGUGGGACAGCUCUUCGGAGGCCAGCUGGGGCAGAUCACAGGCCUGGACCCCGCUGGACCUGAGUACACCAGGGCCAGUGUGGAGGAGCGCUUGGAUGCCGGAGAUGCCCUCUUCGUGGAAGCCAUCCACACAGACACCGACAAUUUGGGUAUUCGGAUUCCUGUUGGACACGUGGACUACUUCGUCAAUGGAGGCCAAGAUCAACCUGGCUGCCCCACCUUCUUUUACGCAGGUUAUAGUUAUCUGAUCUGUGAUCACAUGAGGGCUGUGCACCUCUACAUCAGCGCCCUGGAGAAUUCCUGUCCACUGAUGGCCUUUCCCUGUGCCAGCUACAAGGCUUUCCUUGCUGGACACUGUCUGGAUUGCUUCAACCCUUUUCUGCUUUCCUGCCCAAGGAUAGGACUGGUGGAACAAGGUGGUGUCAAGAUAGAGCCGCUCCCCAAGGAAGUGAAAGUCUACCUCCUGACUACUUCCAGUGCUCCGUACUGCAUGCAUCACAGCCUCGUGGAGUUUCACUUGAAGGAACUGAGAAACAAGGACACCAACAUCGAGGUUACCUUCCUUAGCAGUAAUGUCACCUCUUCAUCUAAGAUCACCAUACCUAAGCAGCAACGCCAUGGGAAAGGAAUCAUGGCCCAUGCCACCCCACAGUGCCAGAUAAACCAAGUGAAAUUCAAGUUUCAGUCUUCCAACCGAGUUUGGAAAAAAGACCGGACUACCAUUAUUGGGAAGUUCUGCACUGCUCUUUUGCCUGUCAAUGACAGAGAAAAGAUGGUCUGCUUACCUGACCCAGUGAACUUACAAGCAAGUGUGACUGUUUCUCGUGACCUGAAGAUAGCCUGUGUAUAGUUUAACCUGGGCAGGACACAUCUCCCUGCAUUUUUUUUUUUUUUGAGAGAGGUGUGAUGAGGGAUGUGUGUGUGCAGCUUAUUGUAGACCAUUACUACUAAGGAGAAAGGCAAAGCUCUUUCUUAUUUUCCCCAUAAUCAGCUACCCUGGAGGGGAGGGAGAACUCAUUACACAGAACUUGGUUUCCAUUGCUGAUCUUAUGUACAUACCCAUUUUAGCUUUCCCAUGCAUGCUUAACUGCACUUGCUUUAUCUCCUUGGGCAUCUGUACUUAGGAUUCAAUAGAAACAUGUAGAGGGUAAACAAUUUUUUUAAAAAUAAAACUUCAUGGAGUACCUGAA